UAUUGCUGAUCAGAUCACACUGCUCGAGUUCCGUAAAUAUUUCACACAUAAAAUUGGAAUCCCAGGAAUACAUUUAAGGAGCUCACCAAAUCCAGAUUAAGCUGCUAAUACAGGAACAUAAACAGCACUGAGGUGCCAUAAGGAAUGUCUACAAUGCGCAGUGACACGGAGGAGGGUACGACGAGCGAAGCGUACCAAGAUGAACCCGACCUUAAGCAGGAGUCACUCACCAUAGAUGGUCACCACGUGCCCCAUUACAUAUUGCCCAUUCGCGGCGAUGGCAAUUGUCUAUUUCGUGCAAUUUCAUUUAUUUUAUACGGCUCACAACUACUCCAUAAAACGGUGCGGCAGAGUAUAGUGCGGCAGGUGGUGGGCAACUGGAGGGAGUUAGAGGUUCUCACCAGCAACGAACGAGGGGACAACUACAGCUGUCUCCACGCCUACACUACUGAAAUGAUGACCGAUGGCACAUUUGGCGGACUCUGCGAACUCUCGGCGGCCGGCGACUUGUUUCGCAUUCAUUUCGAAGUGUACUCUGGUGGGAAAUGUCUUGCCAAAGUGGGCGAGCCAAAGAAUCGUGUGAGGCGACUGCGGUUCAGCGGCAAUCUAAGCUUUGGCCAUUUUGAGGUGUUGCUGCCGAAACGGUACAGCCAAUGUGCCUCGCUCAUCAUGAAGAAUGGCGCCGAAAAGUUCAAUUUUUGCGUUUUCAGUGGAGCGACCAGAUAUCCCGAGAACGGACACCAGCCGCGCUCAGAAGUGAUUCGUGGCCGGGGCUUUCGACUGCGCAUUGAGCCCCAUUAUCUGGGGCCAACCAUACAAAUUUGCUGCAAAGAUCAUUUAUCAAUUGUGAAGCCGGAGCUGCCCUCGCCGCAUGAGGUGCGCCAGCGAUUGGCAAAAAAUUUAAUAGCUAACAAUCGGCCAGGCCAACGGACCCCGCAAAUAAUGCAACGCAACGCGAUCAUCGCUGAGAUUAUUCAACGAAAUUCACACAUCUUCCGCCACGCGCUGCCGCAGUUUCUGUCCAGAUUUAAUUUUCGCAGCGCCCGCCCUGGAUAACUUAAUGCUGUAACUGUUUUAAUUAAAGACGCCCGCCCCGCCCCAGAUGCCCCCAGACGCCCCAAAGACCUUCCCAUACAGCUGCCUGCUGGCAGCACAACAUUUGAAUCAUUUUCAAAAUAUGCAGCACUGAAGAAAACGGAAGUCAAAGAGUGCAAGAAUACAACGACAACAAUCACGUUAACCCUUAGAGUAUGUGUAUGCCCCACCACCGCACCACCCCACCACCCUACCAUAAUAUGUGGCAACUCUGCAGGCCACAAGAGGAGAGGCGAACAGGCAAAUGCUCUAUUCCAAAUUCAUCGUCGGCGAUCGUGUAGCAACUUCACAUCAAGUUACCGCUCUGGCACAAGCCUCAAUGAUUCUGGCAUCUUUUGGGCGCAGAAUAAAAUAUAUCUUAAUAAAUCCAUUAGCCAUAA